AUGGUGCUGACCUUCUAUAAAGGAGCAGUGGUCAACAUUUUCUCAACAAAAGUUGACCUUACGACUCAUCAUGGAGUUGGAAGCCAGGCCUCCACAUCAGAUUCAGCCCAUGAUCGUAUGUUGGCCUCGUUACUGUCCCUUGGAUGCUGUUUAUGUUAUGGACUGUGGCUGAUUGUUCAGGCUAUGAUGAGCGAGAGGUAUCCAUGCGACUUAUCAAGCACGGCUCUAAUGUGCUUUAUGGGAUCAGUACUGAGCGUCAUAUAUGCUCUAUGCAUGGGGAGUAAUAACUGGGAUGAAUGGAAGCUUGGGUGGAACAUUAGGCUUUGGAGCGUAGCAUAUGCGGGAAUACUCGCAACGGCGCUGAUUUUUACGAUGAUAGCGUGGGGGGUAAGGGCAAGGGGUGCAAUGUUUGUAGCAGUUUUCGACCCACUGGAACUGGUGGCGGUGUCAGUCAUGGGCAUCUUUCUCCUAGACGAAAAGCUACACGUUGGAAGCUUGAUUGGGUCAGCAUUGAUCGUAAUUGGGUUAUAUGUGGCUCUGUGGGGUAAGGCUAAAGAGACGGAAAUGCCUCACACUUCCAGAGACUUGGAGCAAAUCGAGGUGGCCACUUCCAUCCCGCCUUCCACCCGCAACAAUACCCUUGAUGUUAAGUUCUCAGAUGAUAUUGCCUCGGUAGCAAAAGAACGAAGAAAUUUAUAUGAACAACAUGAAGAGAUAAGAGAAUUGAAGUAG